AUGGAUCACCUAAAACCGAUACAAAAGGGAAGAAGACGUGGUCUUUCCAUUAACAGUCUUUCAGAGACUCAGCAGUCUGCUAUGAAUAGUUCUCUGGACCACCUUCAAAACGAUUUAAGCAGGAUAGAUAUCCAAUGGAAUAGAAUUCUUUCGGAUAACACCAAUCCUCUGGAACUAGCACUUGCGUUUUUGGAUGAUACAUCUGUGGGACUAGGCCACAGGUACGACGAAUUCAAUCAAUUGAAGUCACAAAUUGGCAGCCAUUUGGAAGACGUUGUUAAUGAACACAGCCAAGUCUUUAACACUAACGUGGCAUCUUAUGGGAAGGUCGUAGGCUCCAUUAUGCAGGCUCAAGAACAAACCUUAAAUCUGAAAAGAUGCUUGAAGGAAGCAAAUGAGAAGAUUACCACGGACAAAGGAUCUUUACAGGAAUUGAAUGAUAACAACUUAAAAUAUACGAGGAUGGUUGAUGUCUUGGUCAAUAUUGAGGAGCUAUUACAGAUUCCUGAAAAAAUUGAAGAGAGCAUCAGAAAGGAAAAUUUCUAUCAGGUACAAAUUCUAUUAGAAAGAGGAUUCAUACUAAUGAACAACAAGUCUCUAAAAACAGUGGAGAUUUUGAGGCCUAUAAACCAACAACUAGAACUACAAGAGCACUUGCUUUUCAAUAAUCUGAUUGAAGAGAUUCAUGACAUCAUGUACUCCAAAUCUAACAAGACGAAUUUCACUCAAGUGACAAAUAAUGAUAUUUUCAAGAUCAUAAGUGUGUCCCACAACGGUUUCACCAGCUUGGAAAAUUAUCUUUAUAACAUAGUCAAUAUAGAUAUUAUGGAGCAUGCUAAGGCUAUAAAUAAAAACCUCGAGCAAUUCAUCCAUGACCAGUCAUUAAAUAAAGGGGAAGUCAUGCUGCAAGAGAAUAUUGCAUCUCAUUCAUCGUUGGCAUCAUCUCGGAACCAAGAAAAUGAAGGGUUUAGCAGAAUUGGAUUCUUGUUAACGAUCAUCAAUAACAUUAAUAAGCUACCUAUUGCAUUCAACAUCAUAGCAGAGAGAGCCAAAGAGGAAAUCCAUAAUAUCAUUGUGAAGAGUACAGAUUCUAUACGUUUGAAGCAUCCUUCUUUGCUCAAAAUGGCCAGUAGCUUGAAAAAUGAUAAUCAGUUCGGUCUGCCCGUACAAGACAUACUUUCCAUUAUUUUGAGAGAAUGUUUUUGGGAAAUUUUCCUAAAGUUACUUUAUGCUAUUCAGUGCCAUCGCGUUAUUUUUGAAAUGUCAAACGUUCUUCAACCAACCUCUUCAGCGAAACCUGCUUACAAGUUCGAUAAAAUUUGGACCAAACUAUUAGACGAAAUAGAGUUGCUACUUGUAAGGUACAUUAACAACCCUGGGUUGCUAAUUAGUAGUGCUAAUGGAAGUGAUAAAACAAUAAAUGGCACAACCAAUAAAGCUCCUAAUUUACCUAAAAGGAAAAAUCCCAAAAUUUUUUCGCUGGAACAUAACAUUGAGGAUAACUCUUCUGCAAAGGACCAAGCCUUUGAGUUAAAAGCUUUAUUGAAAGACAUUUUUCCUGGAUUCUCCGUUUCUUCCAACAUGGAUUUGGAUUCUAUUUAUGUCAAGGAUGAAUCAUUUGAGCAAGAUGAACCGUUAGUCCCACCCUCUAUUUUCAAUAUGAAAGUGAUUUUAGAUCCGUUUUUAUUAUUUACACAGUCUACAUCAACAAUUGUGCCAACUCUCUUGAAUGAAAGUGUUGUUCCGUCAUUGACCUUUUUCCAUGAUUAUGUGAAUAAAAGUUUUCUUCCAAGAAUUCAGAUGACUCUGAAUUAUCUAUUCACAAUUGAAGUAGAAUCUAACAAUCCAUACGCGUUAGAAUCAUCUGACGAAAAUCAUAACAUAUUCAAAACAGCACUAGAUUUCCAAAGACUAUUUUACAACCUGCUGAAUGUUUUCAAUACAGCAAACACUUUCAGAACAAAGAUUUCAUAUUGCAUUUUGGACCUUCUGGACCAUUUUUGCAACUACUACUCAGGACUAUUCAAUAAUCUAAUCGGCACUUCUGACAGGCACUUGAGUAGAAAAAUUAUCACAAUAUGGCUACAAAAUGGCACUUUGAUGGAUCAGGAGCAAAUGAUUUUGAAUGGAGAUGAAACACUUUUCAAUGAAGAAUCCAAAGGAUUAUUUAAGGACAUACCUUGUUUUUAUCAAGCCGGCAAAGGUUUAAGUAAAUCUGAUUUAUUCAAUAACUUGACCUUGGAUACAAUCCUGCAGUUUUCUUCCACUGUGAUAUGGAUCUUAAAUUGGCUGCCAGGUUUGAAGAAAGCCAUUAAUAUUGAGGAAUUAAACCAAGAGCCUAUGUUGGAUGCCGAUAAAUUAAGAAGCAACUGGUCGUUUUCUGAAUCAAUGAAUCUGAAUGUUUUAAACCCAAAUACCAACCCAACCUCAUUGGGAAAUUUAAAGAUUUUAUUGGAUGACAAGGCUUCCAAAAAAUUUGAUGAAACUGUUGACGGAUUCAAAGCGUUGAAAUUUAAACUAAUGACCAUACUAAGGCUCAAUAUUAGAGCCUUGUGUAUAUAUGACAUUGGGUCAUUUUUUCAAAAUACCAAGAUUUGGAAUAUGGAUGUGGGCAGUAUUGAAUUAGAUCAAAAUAUAGCUUCAUUAAUCUCUGAAUUGAGAAGGACUGAAAACAAACUAAAACAACAAUUGUCAGAAAAGGAAAAAAACGCAGUGCUUAUUGGUCUUGAUAUAAUUAACAAUUACGCCUUAAUUAAAGGCGCUAACUCCAUAAAAGUAUUGAACAAUAACGGAAUCAAGAAAAUGUUAAGAAACGUAAACGUCUUACAACAUGCUUAUAGAAAUCUUUCUUCAGAGCCAUCCAAAAUUAAUAUGAACAUUACAAUGAACUUCUAUUCUCUAUGUGGUUCUAAUGAAACUGAAUUGUUCAGAUAUGUGGAAAGGAACGAACUAUCGUAUUGUUCCAUCGAUGAUUUGAAAACUAUACUAAGAUUGCAGUUCAGUGAAGAAAUGCAACGUCAAUUGAAGAGACAAAGCACUAAUGCCACCAAAGGCUCCAUAAAACCUUCUAACAAGAGAUAUACUGAAGCUCUAGAGAAACUAAGUAAGCUAGAAAAAGAACAGCCGAAAUCAGGAGCACAGUCGAAAAUUGAACAGCUUAAAAAGAGUUUGAAAACAGACCAUACUACGAAAUAG